CUAACUUUAUAUCCCUACAUGGAGACGAGCUAUGGCCGGGAUAUUAUACUUAUCGAAAUACAGUUGAUUUGAUGUAAAAGGCUCUUAAUGUUUGACUUAAAAUUUCAAAUCAGGAAGAAAUAUUUCUCAUUUUUCGUCAGGCAUUCUUGCAGGACGCCCGAUUCUAGCCCCAAUGCAUUCUGGUGCCUUCCCCGCUCUUCUGUCGGGAUCCACCGCUAACGUGAAGCUGUGGUGAAGGCCAAAAAGUUCUACAGACAUGUCGGUGAGGGAGUCCUUUAAUCCUGAAAGCUAUGAGCUGGACAAGAACUUUAGGCUCACUCGUUUUGCAGAGCUUAAGGGCACAGGCUGCAAGGUACCUCAAGAUGUGUUACAAAAGCUGCUAGAAACCUUACAGGAGAACCACUAUCAGGAGGAUGAACAGUUUCUGGGGGCAGUUAUGCCCAGAUUAGGGAUAGGCAUGGACACCUGUGUGAUCCCCCUCAGACAUGGAGGCCUUUCUCUGGUCCAAACGACAGACUACAUCUACCCCAUUGUAGACGACCCGUACAUGAUGGGGAGAAUCGCGUGUGCCAAUGUUCUAAGUGACCUAUAUGCCAUGGGAGUGACAGAGUGUGACAACAUGCUGAUGCUUUUGGGAGUCAGCAACAAAAUGUCAGAAAAGGAGAGAGAUAAAGUCAUGCCACUGAUCAUCCAGGGAUUCAAAGACGCAUCAGAGGAGGCAGGGACAUCAGUAACAGGGGGACAGACAGUGCUCAACCCCUGGGUCGUGAUGGGAGGUGUUGCAACAACAGUCUGCCAGCCCAACGAAUUCAUCAUGCCAGACAACGCAGUGCCAGGAGAUGUGUUGGUGUUGACCAAGCCUCUAGGAACACAAGUGGCAGUUGCAGUACACCAAUGGCUAGAUAUUCCUGAGAAGUGGAACAAGAUCAAGCUAGUGGUGACUCAGGAAGAUGUAGAGCUGGCCUAUCAUGAGGCUAUGAUGAACAUGGCUCGGCUCAACAGAACAGCGGCCGGUCUCAUGCACACCUUCAACGCUCACGCUGCCACAGACAUCACAGGGUUUGGGAUCCUCGGCCACGCGCAGACUCUGGCGCGGCAACAACGAAGUGAAGUGUCCUUCGUCAUCCAUAACCUCCCCGUGCUCGCAAAGAUGGCCGCUGUAUCUAAAGCCUGCGGAAACAUGUUUGGACUUAUGCACGGAACCUGCCCUGAAACAUCAGGAGGCCUGCUGAUCUGUUUGCCUCGGGAGCAGGCUGCCCGCUUCUGUGCUGAGAUUAAGUCCCCAAAAUACGGCGAGGGCCACCAAGCGUGGAUCAUCGGGAUUGUAGAGAAAGGAAACCGCACUGCACGCAUCAUCGACAAACCCCGGAUCAUAGAGGUGGCACCACAAGCAGCUACGCAGAAUGUCAACCCAACACCUGGUGCAACUUCUUAAUCCUCUCCCUUUGUUGCAUCAAAAACCGGAACCCAGAAAGCUCUGCUGAGUGAUUUUAGACACAUAAACUACAAAAACCAUCCUAGAGUGUUGAAAUAUAUACACACAAAAUAGUACUUACACAGAAAAGACUGUGUUGGCGUGUAUCUACAUGAGAAACAGCCCCACACAGUGGCCCAAGGGGGCAUGUCAUCACCCAGUGGACUCAACCUGCAGCAUCCACGUGAUAAAAAUAGAGCAUACUUAAAAUCCAUUUGCCUUUCGUGUCUGUUGUAUUAUGUUAUGUUUUAUGUGCGUGAAUGGCAGGCAGCUUCUGGUUAGAGAGCAAUGAUGAUACAGACAAUAUUGAUACUGUUGAUUCAAUUUGAAUCUUAGGAGGUCUGGUGUCUGUUGUCUCUUUAGGUCUCUUAAACUGCCCGUGGCCCGUGUGAAGGUGUUUUCGUUUGUCCAUUCACUUUGUACAGUUAUAAAGCCUAGUUUUAGUUCAUUGCUGUAACUGAUGCCUUGAAAGAAACUUUGUGUGACCAGAAUGGUUUGUUUUUUUAUUACUUUGACUUUUUGUAUUGUCCCUACCUGAACUAAUAAAUAUUCAAACGGAAGAUGGUUUGUUGUUGCCCACUCUAUGGGUACUGCACUCAUGUGAAUGACCUUAAUCACGUUAUCGCUUUAUGUAAUAAAACUGCAGAUACAUUUUUUUACUUAGACAUCUUUUUAUGCUGCUCCCUGGUGCAUUAACCUGAACUUUUAGCAGAGAAAAAAUCUGCUUACUCCUCAAGAAAUGGACCUUGUAUAUCUGUAUUCCCAGUCUGUCAUCAGAUUUUGGGAAAUAUAGAGAACAUAGUUUGCGUUUUAUGGUUUGCAGUGUUCUUGUUACAGUAGAGCAGCCUCCGUUACUGUUGAAGCUUUUGGCUGAUCAGAGUUUGGGUCACUUUUGUAUUUCUUCAUCAGCUGGAUGAAUCUGGAAGGCCUCUGUAAAUGUUCAUAUGAUUAUCAGGAACAAUAUAUGACCUCCACAACACCUCUUGUAAUAAACUCCUCUUAUAACAGA